CUUCGCAUGCAAGCGGCGCAGUAGUGCGAGGGGCCUCCUGUGAGAAACAAUGGCGGGGCAGAUCUCCGAUGCUGUUAAAAAGUGCAUCAAUAUUCUCAAGAACACCAACAGCGAUACGGAGAAGUUCGCCGCUUUGUUUAUGGUCACCAAGUUGGCCAAAGGUAAAGACUGCAAUGCCGUGGCGAAGAAAGCCAUCUUCGAAGCGAUUGGUUUCGAUUUCAUCAAACGUCUUCUUCUCACCGAUGACGUUCCCGUCGAUUGCCCACCGAACAUCUACAAAUCGGUGGCUCUUUCAAUCCUCACCGUUUUUUGCAACGAGGAGGAGUUAGCCACUCACCCUGAAAUGUUAGUUAACGUCCCCGUUUUCCUCGACAUUGUUAAAAAAGCCGACGACGAGGAUCUCAUGUCGGUUGGAGAGACAUACAACUGUCUCAAGGGCAUCGCUAGUUACCCCCCUGGGCAACAGGCCCUUAUCGAAGCCGGAGGUAUCGCAAAGCUGAGCGAGAUUUACUCCCAAGGGAGUUUCCAGUCAGACGAGGCAUUGAACAUUUUGGCCGUUUUAGUCGGCAAUUUGGGAAUAAAAAGCUGGGACGAGGAUAAUCCACAAACUUUUCAUAAUUUACUUAAUAAAAUCGCAGUCGAUUUCGAAACAGACCACGAUAAACGAAAAUUCGAGUUAUGCCAAGUGCUUAACGCCUUGAUUUUUAAUUGUCCGAAGAAGAUUGUGAACAGUGCAGAUAAGGAAACCUGGCCUAUGAGUCUCUAUAAGGGCCUCACUGAUAUACUGCAGAGUAAAAUUGGACCACAGCAACGCAAUCCGGCUUUAAUUUUGGCAUCGAGUGUUUUGGAUGCUUUGGGAGUCGAGUGGGCUAUGUCCGAUGAGGAGAAACCUAAACAGUUUUUCUUACUCUUGAUACAGUUGGCAGCAAUUGAGGUCCGAAUGCAACUUGAUGGCAAAAGUCUCAAAGCUGCAACCGCCCAAAGGAAUCUUGUAACGGCUUGUUACAUUAUUCUAGAAUUGUCAAUUAAUUAUAUUUCGACGGAUCAGUUGGACUUGGAUCAGAAGGAGAAGCAGACACUUUAUACCGGUUUGAAGGGAGCAUUCACUGCUAUUAUAAACCUACUGUUAAAAGUGGCCGCUGAUAAGAAUAAACCUUCUGGCGAUGAAAAAUGGUUUGUUUAUGCUACCAUCAGAGUUCUGGCAGCUUGGUUGGCUCAAGAAACCUCCGCGUUACGCAUCCAGGUCUACCAACUCCUACCGUUCAUUCUCGAAAUCGCCAAUGAAAGUUUCAAUGCGCAUAAGGCGAAAAGAGUUGCCGAGAAAGCAGGGAUUGAAAGUGAAACAAACCCUGCCAAUUCUGUGGAUAUUUUGCGAAUUCUUCUGCCAGGUCUUUGCCAUUUGGCCGUGGAGGAUGCAGCACGUGCCAUUAUCUUGAAACACCAUGAAGAUAAAGUUCUCUUCGACUUGGUGCAGUUUCACUGGAGCAUCGUUCAUUAUAAACGUCCACCGGUUCCACGAUCCGAACGUCUGAAAGUUCUAAAUCAACCAAAACAGGAACUAUCGCCCGAACUUUUGGCCGAAAUGCAAGACUCCAGGACUGCCAUGAUCAGCGCCUGUAACGUAUUGAUGAAUCUGACUGUGCUGGAAACGAAAUACGUCGAAGAGAGUGAUGUUUUCAACGAUUUGCUUAAAUUUAUUUUUGAGAAUUUGCCGGAGUUGAAGGAUAUUCCCGAGAAUCUCGUUCUUCACGGGAAUUUGGCCGUGUUGGGGCUUUUGUUGCUGAAGCAGCUCUCGAAUAAAGUGAAGAAGAAUGAUUUUUCGAUCUGUCGUUACAUCCAGGCGACUAUUAGGUUUUUAUGGGAUGCGUACAUCAUUGAUGAGUCAAAUGACCCAACCGCUUUGGUUGUGUCAAUGGCGUACAAAGAACACUGGAUGGAGCUUAUGGAACUCUGGUUUUUGGGAAUGCAAACCAUGUCAGGCGUCAUCGCCCAAAUCCCCUGGAUUUCUGAAUUUGCGAUUGAAAGCGGUUGGGCCGAAGGCAUCGUCCAGACAUUGAAGAAAGUCAAAAUCGGGACUCUCCCACCAAACGUUAAAUCAGCUUAUGAAGAUUUCCUCUGCCACUUAGUCGACGCCAACGAGAGUGUUACCGAUGUUUUGAAGAAAGCUGAAGCUUUGAGGGUUUGCCGGAAUCACAGACUGAUGGAAUUAGGAAAGAAGUUGUUCGGGGAUUAAACCUGUGCGUUUGUGCUUUUAAUGCAUUUUUUGUUUUAUUUUUGGCGCUGAUGAUUUUUAUACGAAGUAAUCGAUUUUGUAUUAUAUUUAAAUAAAUGUAUUUGUCGACGA